CUGCGCCUGCGUUGUGAGAGAACGCAGUCGCGUCCCGGUUGGCCGCGCAUGCGCAGUGUGCAAGACGCGCUGUUUGCGCAGUUGCCGUGACGCGGUGGGGCAGAGUGCGAGGUGCGCGAGGAUCGUGCAGGGUUUCUGCUCUCAGGCAGCAUGGCCGUGGAGAAGCGCUUGGCAUAUUCCAUCGUGCAGUUCCUCCGAGACCAGACACACUCAGGGUCACGUAAUUCUGAUGAACAGGAAAGCCUUGAGGUUGCAGUACAGUGUUUAGAGACGACGUUUAAGUUUAGCUCCAGUGACGUUCACCUCGCAGCUCCACAACCUCUCAGAGAGAUGUUCCUCAACGCUCUGCUCAAGAACGACAUUGUGAUGUCACAUGAGAUGUCUGCAUCUGCGGAGGACAUCGAAAGAGCCGAGCAGCUGAAGAAUGAAGGAAAUAAUCACAUGAAGGAGCAGAACUUCAGCUCUGCACUGGAGUGUUACAGUAAAGCUGUACAUCUGGACCAGAGGAAUGCAGUUCUUUUCUGUAACAGGGCUGCAGCACACAGCAAACUGGGAAAUUACACAGAAGUGAUUGGAGACUGUGAGCGCGCCAUCGCCAUCGACCCCAGCUACAGUAAAGCGUAUGGGAGAAUGGGAUUGGCGCUCGCUACCAUGAGCAAGUUCUCAGAGGCCAUCACUUACUUUAAAAAGGCGCUAGUACUGGAUCCAGAAAACGACACGUACAAGUCCAACCUAAAGACCGCAGAGCAAAAAAAGAGAGAAUCCUCAGGUUCUACGGUGUCUAGACUGGGCUUCGACAUGGCCAGCCUCAUGAACAACCCGGCCUACAUCAGCAUGGCUGCCAGCGUGAUGCAGAACCAGCAGGUCCAGCAGCUGAUGUCAGGAAUGGCGUCGAACGCAGUGGGAGGUCCAGCAGUAGCAGUCGGAGGGAUGUCAGAUGUCUCCAGCCUUAUAGAAGCUGGUCAGCAGUUUGCUCAGCAGAUUCAGCAGCAGAACCCAGAGUUGAUAGAACAGUUGAGGAACCACAUCCGCAGCCAGUCCUUCAGCGGCAGUCCUGAGGAACAUUCCUGAUCUUCUCCUCUCUGAUCAGAGCAAGAGUGUGGGGGAGAGAGAGAGAUAGAAAGAGAGGGAGAGAAACAGAGAGAGCGAGAGAAAAAGAGAGAGAGACCGACAAACAGAUAGAAAGAGAGAGAGAGA